GCUGAGAUCAUUGACGUGCUGAGAUCGUUUUCGUGAAUGCGUUGUUUAUAUCAUUAAUAAAACAACGUUUUGCGAGUUAACAAUACAUUUCAUAAAAUGAAAUGAUUUCACAGUAUUAAUUUACAAGUGUAGUGUGUGAAAAUACUGUCGAAAAUGUAAUCGUAUAUAGUGGACAUAAUUUUCGGUGUUAACGAUUUUUCUUUGCAAUUAUUUGUAUGUACUUGAGGGUUUAUCUUAUCGUAUAUAGAAAAUUUUAUCUACGGUGUAUUAGUUUUUAUCAUCGUUUAGUGUAAGGGGGAAUUUAUUAGAAGAAAUGGAUAAUUUAAAGUUUUACUUUGUCACCUGGAAUGUGGCGACACGAUCGCCAGGGCAGGACCUCAAUGCCCUGCUUGACUUCCCUUCUCAGUUCAACAAGAACAAACCUCUGCCGGACUUCUAUGCCAUUGGGCUACAGGAAGUAAAGUCGCAGCCACAGAAUAUGUUAAUGGAUUCGCUUUUCACCGACGCGUGGACGUCAACCUUUAACAAGAUACUCUGCAGACAAGGGUAUAUCAUUGCGAAGAGCACCAGGCUCCAAGGAAUCUUACUACUCAUCUACACUCAGAUGAAACAUGUUACGCAUCUGAGGGACAUUGAGGCACAGUACACGAAAACUGGAUUAGGUGGGAUGUGGGGCAACAAGGGCGCUGUCAGCAUACGGUUUAACAUCUACGGAUGUUCCGUAUGUAUAGUGAAUUGCCAUUUGACAGCGCACGAGCAUCUCCUAGCUGACCGCGUGAACGACUACAACACGAUCAUAAAACAACACGUGUACCAUGUCAACGAGACAUCAAACAUACUCUAUCACGACUACGUAUUUUGGAUUGGGGAUCUAAAUUUCCGCACCGACCAUCCAGCGGGCAGCAGUCCGUCGUCCGAAGAAAUUGUGGCUACCUUGCAAACGGUAGAGAAGGACAAAUAUGCCAAUUUGUUAAAGCAUGAUCAAUUGCUAGCGGUAAUGGAGACAGGGGAGGCGUUCUCGGAGUUCUCAGAGGCCGAGAUACGAUUCCCGCCUACGUACAAAUUUUCUAUUGGAGGAGACGAAUAUGAUCUGAAGAGAAAACCAUCAUGGACCGACCGUGUUCUGUACAAAGUGGUCGCAAACAAUUACGAGAACGUAACCCUGCGCGCUGAUCUCGUGUCGUACAACCACGUGCCGCACUACACCGUCAGCGACCACAAGCCUGUCAUCGCGCAAUUUAAUAUUAAGACGCGCCAUGGCUUCAUUCUGUCAGUAAUGGCGGAGUCGCCUAGAGCAGUUAAAUCACCAAUCAGGAUGCGUUCAGCUAUGAUACCGCCUAGCGUUGUCGAGGACAGCAUGCAAGAGACUGAGCAUGCGCCGGUAUCGGCUCCUUUCGCGUUCGCAUCGGAUGUUGUCUUCGAUGAGAUAGCUGAAGAAGCCAGUUUAGAGGCAUUUUCCAACUACACGGAAAAGACAGUGGAAUUCGCGCCGAUCAGACGCAUUUGGUACAUCGGCGACGCGGACUUCAGGACGCAGUGCACGCUCUCGCACGACGUCGUGGUCAACUCUAACGAUUGGAUCGGUAUUUAUGAUGCUAACUUCCACAGCCUAGACGAUUACAUUGCCUACGAGUACUUAGCCAAAGUGGGUCUUCCGGAAAAGCCGGUGGCGACCGGUGAGCCGCGUACCAUCACGCUGAGCUUCCCGGUCGGCAGCGGAGUGCGGACCCCCGGCUUCUACCGGUUCAUAUACUUCAGCCAGCCUAAUAACGAUGUUAGAAGUGUACUUGGUAUAUCUGAGCCAUUUGAAGUUAGCAGCAAGGAGGACAGACUGGUGGCCAUUGAUAAUUGCGAUCAGCCGUCUAGCAGCACUUCACCCGGCCGGUCCAAGCCGACCACAGCCACUACAGACAUCUUCACAGACUUCACCGGACUUGACGUCACAAAACUGUCGCGACACUUCUCGAACGACUUGAGCAUCGACUGACUAAGGACUUACCUGCCUGGCUCGCCCGCACAUGCCCGGCGGAAGGAAAAUGGCGGAUAGACAUUUCUCUUUAAUAGUUCCAACCCUCUUAGAAUGUGAAAACACGACGUGAGAGUUCGCGACGUUGUGAUUGGUCGAGAGACUAACACGUGACUCCCGCGUUGGUAUCUCGACCAAUCACAGUCGCACGACAUGAACUCACGUGUCGUGUUAGUUAUACCACAUUCUAGGGGGAAUCACUUCACUGCACAAAUAUCACCUUUUUAUUGGUCGCAUCGAAGAAUAAAAUAGAAUUUAUUUUUGACUAAAAUGUAUUAAUAUUUGAACUCUGAAGUUAUUAAAGCAAGAAUUGAAUAUUUACGUCAUUUUCCUUUCCACGGUCAUUAUUUUAUGAGUUUUACGAGUAUAUUUUAAUUAUAAAUUUAAAAAAUACAAACUUAACGCUCUUUUAAGCUAAGACUAUAAUACUAGUUAAAUAGUAGAUAAAUAAAAAUAUUUGAUGGUACCUGUUAAGAAAUAAUUUUGUUUUAUAUUGGAUAUAAUAUGAAUAUGUUAAUUUAAUACAAGACUUGCAUAAACAAUAUGCUUGGAGAAAAACAAGUAUUUUCUUCAUUCUUUGAACCCGGUUUUAAGUUACACAGUAUUGAUUUAAUGUAUUUUAGGGGUGUGAAAUAAUUUACUUUCCUUGGAUAUAUAUUUUUUAAAAUUGAUGCGUAAAUUACGUAUAAAAAAAUUACAUUCAUGCUUUAACUUGAGGUUUUUAUUGUGAAUCUAUUAUUUGCGUUAAAAAUGUAUCAAUGUUCUUAAUAAUCUGAAUUCCCCUAAAAUAUUUUUUGUAAAAACAUGUUGACAAAAUGUUACAACCUUUUAGACAAUUUUAAGUUAGUUUAAAGCUUUAAUAAUGAGUUGUUUUGCCAUGUAAAAUAUAACUAGUCGCUUGCCUGAGAGAUUGCUCCUUUACAAUGCGUUAAAAAUAUACACGAACCUCCGUGACGUUACAUUGUGAUUGGUCGAGAGAGUAACAUGUGAAUCACUCGUCUGUUAUCGACCAAUAACAAUCAUCACAAGUAAACGACACGAUCGUUCGUGUCGUUUUUAUUAUACCACAUUAUAUGGGACGGGUCUCUGUUGUUUUGAAAGCACGUGGUAAGUAUUGCCAGUGUAAAAAUUUUGGUUGUGGGUAUUUGAAUUUUGUUUUGUCAUUUGUUAACGUACAAAGUUUUGAAUAAGGUAUAAUUUAUUAAUGCAUUAAGUUCGUUACAAAUUGUUUCAGAAAUAUGUUAUUCCACUGUGUGGGAUAAUAUGAAUAGUUUUUUAUUAUGGUCACAAUGGUUACUUAGCAUUAAAUCCAUAAUUUAUAUGAAUAAAAACUACUAAAAUAAUGCUGUGGUAUAUAAAAGUAUUGAUUAGUGUAAUCUUUAUUUUUCAUUCACAUGAUUAUGGCAAUGUUGCCAGUAUUUUACACCAUAAUAAAAAUUAAAACUGCUUUGUAAUGAUGCUUAUGAAUGGGACUCCGGAAACUUCGAAUUUAAUGUUUCAAAUAAAUGGAAUCCGAAUUGCUAACCAACUUAGGAUGAAUUAUAUAUAAGAUUUUUACUAGAACUGUGAAAUAUAUUAGUGUUCAAUUUCAUCGAUGUAGUGUAUUUGGACUGUAAAUUGAACUAUAAGGUAUGUAGUUUCAUUCCCAGGUUGGACAAUAAAUUGUGAUUUUUUUUAUUCCAAAAUAUAGCGGUUGUCCGAGAUUAGACCUAAGGCACUAUAUGGCGAUAGUCUCGCUUCCUAUUACGUUAUUGUAAAGGAUAUAAGCUUGGCAAGGGCUUGGUGUCCUAGUUUCGACUCUACGCUUCAGAAGUGAGAGUCGGUUUUAUAUUUAAUGUUAGAAUUAAAUAUUCUAAUGUUGAUUCUGAAGUAUUUGCAAUUAUUCUUCAAAUAUAAUAUUUAUAUUUUAGUAGCAACUUAAAGGAUUUCCAUUUAUCGCACACUUGAGCAAUACGAGGAUAUUUUGCCCCUCCACGAAAUAUUUACAGAUCGCACUGAGAUCUACGUACAGUCUCACAAAUCUUUAGUUUGUAUCAUUCCGAAAUUCCUAAAAGUAUUUACACCUUUAUAUUUUUUUAGUAAUUUCAAUUAGUUUCUUUUGUUUUAAUACUAUAACGUGUGAGCAUAUAUUGACCAAUAAUCGUGCAUGGCCUAAUAUUGUUUAGACAGACCGUCAAAUAGGUAGAUGUCACAUUCCAUUGCCAAUUUUUUUUUUCGCAUCCAAUAUUUAUAAGCCCCAAUAGUAUAUAUUAUAAUGUUCUGUUGGGAAAUACGAGAUUAAUGCCAUUUUAAAUUUUACAUAGCAUUUAGAUAAAAUAAAAAAAAGAAACCAUGAUACGAACCCAUCGAUAUGUUUUUUUUUAUAAAAAAAAAUAUUUUUUAUUUUUAUUAGCACUUAAUAAAUUUCUGUUUUGCAUGGAAAUACGUGUACAAUAAAUUGAAAAUAAGUAUAAAUAUAUUUUUUAAAGUAUUCGUGUAAUAAGUAAUCCACGUGCAUUGUUUAUUUGCGUUCCUACGUUUUCCGUUUAUUGCAGUAUUUUUUCUGUAUAUAAUUUUUUUUACAUGUUUCUAUAAAGAUAUCAAUACAAUAUUUUUUUUUUAAAUUUCAGCGCAAGAGCAAAGCCCUGAGUAUAUCAUAUAAUAAGAUAGGUAAAUAUAGGCUUUGCAAACCGUAGGUGCCCUUGUGCUCGUCUGUCUGUCCCUCUAGAUCCUAGGGUACAGGUGUAGGAUUAUAUGUUUAUAUGUAAUGAGGGGACCGGGCAAUAAUAUAUCGCUACAAUAAAUAUAAAACAUGGUUUUAGUAGGACAUAUUAAUGAAUUAGGUAAUAUCGCCUUUAUCAAACUAAUUUAAUGCGUAGAUUUAAAAGUGAUAGUCUUAUGGUGAUGCAACAUUUGUAUUUGUCAAAGAUUUGCGCCUUGUGCGAAAAGAAAUAUCGAUCUUGUGUUCUUUAUGUGGAAAGUCGACGUUGGAUUGAUCAAAUAUAAAUAUACCAAGUGUGAUGCCAUUAUAAAAUUCAAACAUGGCGAACGCGCCGCUCGCGAGCAGUUACUGCAACAGUUCGCACGCUUGUUUGCUUGAUCGCUCGCAUGGGGCUCGCAGGAAGCAUGUCGUAUGUAUGCUAAGUUUAGAUUAGCAAGUUCUUGCAGCAAUAUAUUAUACAAGAUCUUCCGGAUACGUUUACACCAGUGGGAAUAAUUAAAUAAGUAAUUCUAUCCACGCGACUCGCUAGACCUGGUUCAAAAUUUAAACUGGAAAAAUUGAAAUAAAAACUAAAAACUAUUUAAACGGAUUUUAUCGCGGUUUUUUUUUUUAUAUUAUUAUUUUCUCCCGACGUUUCGAAGACUUUGCAGCCUUCAUGGUCACGGGGGGGACUGAGGUGUUGUUCAUCCGUAAAGUCAAAGUUACAAUAUCUACCUACAUUUUUCAAAUAUACAACUUUUUAAAAUUUUAUCUGUUGACGGUCCGAUCUACGCAGAAUGAGCAAAAAAUUGUUUCUGGAAAAAUUGUUUCGCGCAAGAUAACUGCUGCAAGCUUUGCUAAUCUAAACCCUGUAAGUAACGUUAAAUGAUAUGUAUGGAUAACAGAGAUCUCCUUGCACUAAGAUGGCGCGUGCGAUUCGCAAAUAUUCGUCGAAUUUGGACGCAAUUUUACGCAUACAUUUCACUAAUACGUUUAGUCUUUUUUUAUGUGACACAUGUGACGCGACAUUUGGCGUGUUGCCCGGACACAUUUGUUGCAUUGAAGCUCAAAAUUAGCUCAUGUAUGUAAACGACAAUAAUGGUAGAUGUUGUAACUUUCGUAAGCCAAAUAUUGGCCGUCCUUUUAAAAACAUUUUUUUUUUGUAUGCGCAAUAGAUUUUUUUGUACUAAUAUUUUUGAACUCAAAUGGGAUCUGUAGUUACUGAUGCAAUAUGCUGGUUUAUCUUCUAAUGGUUGACUGUAAUUGGGAAUAAAGUGUAAGGUACGGGUAACGCUGAAUUAAUACGGAUCUUUCGGAUGUGAUAUCACUAUCAAUAGCUCUAAUGAGGAUUUUUUCGCUCAAUACUCUUAGAGACCAUAAUUUUUUUAGUAGAUCAAUUUUGAGUAAUCAAAUACAGUUGAAUUGAGAUCCUUCUCUUUUUUUUUGAAGUCGGUUAAAAUGGAUCGAUUGAUUAUUACUAUUAUUUUCAAUAAAAUCUUGAUAAAUUUAUUAAUCAGGCUAAAAGCAUUACUGUUAACGAAAACGAGAGACGGUUAUCUGCCACAAGGACGUUAAGACUCUCCCUAGAGCAAAUGACCUUGAGCUUUUCCAUAGAUUUAGGGUGCAAGAGUUUGGGCGGAAAUAUGCAAAAAAUUACAAUUCAUUUCUUAAAUAAACAAUUUUAGUUCUUUUUAAAAAUUUAAACACAAAAUGCUCCUUAGCGACAUAGUCGUGAAAUAACGACUAAGCUCCUUAAAUAAAGAUUAAAACAAAAUACUCCUUAUUUUGAAAAUCACAUUUUUAGAUACAAUAGUUUACUUAGGAGCCAUCGACUUGUAUUUAGUUAUGCCAAAAUGUAGCUACAGUUUGUAGUUUAACUACUAGACAUAAUAAGAUUUAACAUCUCAUGACUCAAGAUGGCGAGCGCAGUGCAAUACCAAACAACACUUUGUAAUUCGAGGUGUUGGAUGGUGUUUCUACUGCUUAGGGGCGGUCGUAUCGCUUACCAAUAGGCCAACGACAAGCUCGUCUCGUCAUUCAAAGCAAUAAAAAACUACUAUUAAACAAAAUUCGUGGAUUGUCAUUUGUUACAGUAUGAUUUUUCUAUCUAUGAAAAAAAAUGUGCGGAUUGGUUCAAAUAUACUUUUUUUGUGUCAGAUAUAAAUAGAUCUUGGCAUGUAUUGCUGAAGAGUAUUAGGAUUAUUUGCGUUAAUUAUUAAUAACUUCUUUUUGGAUAAAUUCUGGGUUAAUACAUUUGGCAUAAUUGGACCCACGCGAAGAAUGCAAGCGUUCUAAUUUUAAAUUCUUGAAAAAGUGUUGUAAUUCCAAAUCACACAUUAAUGGAGAAAAUCAUUACCAUUCCUAAUUAAUUUCCAUUAAUAUUUAAUUAAAACAUCACUUUGUUAAUAUUAAUAGAAUCUAUAGUUGUAUUAAUAUUAGAAAAAUAUGCCGUUUUUCGAACGUAAUUUUAUCUUUAUACUUCCCUACCUUUAUGUAUUUUGUAACUUUUUAAACUAGUGGAAUUAUAUAAAUUGAUGUACUAUUUUGUAUUACUUAUGACCAGAUAUUUUUAUUAUACGUGUAGGCAUAUAUAACUCUUUGCAUACUAAUAUAGAAGAGAUAAAUCUCAAACAGUGUAAAACAUAAUGUGAUUAUACUUUUAAAAUAUAUCUUCUACUCCAUUUGACUGCCUCUGUAGCGUAGUUGUAUUACGGAAUGACAGCAGUGAUGAGGUCUCAGUUUGAUUCCCGGGUCGGGCAGUGAUGUUAGGAUUUUUAAUCUAUAUCAACCCGGAUUCUCGGAUUUGUACCCGAUACGGGACAGGCACACAUCCUAUCAUAGGACAGAAUACACGCGACGGAAAGUGAUUGCACCAGUUACGCCUCUGCCUAACCCUUCGGGGAUAAAAGGCGUGAGUGUUUCUACUCCAUUUUUCGAAUUGAUAUCAAUUGAGAUUUUAUGUUUGUUUUUUUUAUACGAUGUACAAUUUGCAUUCAUUUUUAACAGUUAAACGGAGUUUUAAAUAUUAAUAAAUAGUAUGCAAAAGUGUUCUAUAAUACCUAAUCUGAGUAUUGUUGUCUACCUAUCUAUUGUUAGACAUUUAUAAUACAUAUAUCGAUUUAUAAAACCCCAUAUUAUAUCAUGUUUGUAUAAAAAUGUACUUAAUCGCGCACCCAUUACAAUAUAUAAUUGAAUAUGAAAUCGUAGGUGACAAAUCAAAUAGUAAAGUAAUAAGUUAUGUAUUUGUUCGUUUUCGAAGAGGUUACUAUCGCCUAAUUUUUUAUUUUCACAGUUAUUGUAAGCGAAUUAAAUAAUUUUUUUCGUUGAAAUAUUUCAUGUCCAUAAAAAUAUUUAAACUUUCUUACCAGUUGAUAUUGCGAUAUUUGUUUUGUCACUUAGGGAUUAUUUUUAUAGUCAAUGUGAGUUUUGAUAAUUUACGGCAAUGAUAUUUUAAGACGUUACCUCUUUAAUGCUUGCCAUUUAUGUGUAAUAAACGCGUUUACGUUAGUGAAUACAUGCAUUUUCACAUAUCGUUUUCGCAUGUAGUUAUUAAUGACGGCUUCAGAUAUAUUAUUGAGCAAUAUGAAAACAUAUAAAUAUAAUUUUCAUGUUUAAAUAUAUAAAUCUAUAUUUAUAUGAGUGUAUCGAUGUACAGAAUACAAUUGUGAAAUGUAGAGAAAGGUAAAAUGAUAUAGUCUGUAAUCCGAAUCAAUUUACGCAAAACAAACAUGUUUGAUCAACACCUCUGUGUAAACGUGACGUGAUUCGGCUGCAUUUCGAAACCUAUUUAAUUUUGUAGUACAAAUUAAUUAAUUUAUAGUGGUCACAACGCUGUGUUAUAUUAUGGGAAUAGAAUUUAUUUAGUUGGA